ACCGUGUCAGGAGAACCGAGACAAAACCAUUUCAUAUCCGAUUACAAUGCAGAUGCUCUCCAGCUAAGUAGCAUUCGUGCAGUUAAACGCCAGCGCGUUCCCCCAGCGCGUUCCCCCUUGCUGCUGCCUUUGAGUUGCCCACUAAUUGACUUGGGCACCUACCCUACAUCAAACCGGCCCUUGGUCUUCAAGUCUUCGACGUGCAAUUUGCUGCGAUAAUCAAUGGCGAAUCUCGCAGAAGAGAUCUGCAUCGCCUUCUCCAGGGGCCGCCCAAUGUUACGAGCGACCGAGAACUGGUGGCCGACGAGAUGGGAGGACGUCGAACUGGACCUCAGCAGGAUGGUCUACGGAUCCAACAGGAUAGACUCGGCAGGCAACAGCCUCGCAAUCACGGUUCGUCUCUGCCAGGAUGCUUUUCGCGACCAAGUCACCAGUGCCGGCAUCGGCAGAACUGACCCAACGUUUAAGGAGCACUGGAGAUAUCUGCGAGCCUCUCGCCGGUCCGUCAGCCUCAACAACAUCUGUCAAUCUCGCUGUGAAAUUUUGCAGCAUGCCUAUGCCCUCAGCUACAUGAUCGACCACGUUGUCCUGGACAGGAAACCGUGGUCCGAGGAACUGAUUCUGGAAACCCACCGAAUCCUCCAGCACUGUUUCGACGACAGUGUCGAGCCAGGACGUUACCGCACCCACAAGGUAGUCGCCGAGUGCGAGAAACCGGAUUCCCAUCCCAUGUCAAAUCCCCUUACGUCUCCCGAGCUUAUUCCCGGAUACAUGGCCAACAUGGUGCAGCAUCUCAACCGGGACACGACCAAGGCGGACGCGGGGGAUCUCGAUCCGUACACCUUGGCAGCGCGAUACCACAAUCAAUUUGUAAGCAUCCGCCCAUUCGGCGACGGCAACGGGCGAAUGGCCAGGAUCCUUCUCAACUGCUUGCUGCUCCGACACGCCGGCCAUAUCAGUGACAUCGGGGUGGAAGCCGAGGACCGAGACCAGUACGUCGGCAUCACGCGGCCUCCGGUUCCCGUGUUCGCUUUCGACGAACAGAAGGUCGAGGUCAAAACAGAAGCAUGGGACAAUCAAUUGGGAGAGUUGCUCCUCAAUAAGGAAAGGUUAAGCCCUGCCAGACUGCAUGUAGAGAGGUAGAUUGUAAGAGUAAUUACAUGAGUAUACCUACAUUCUUUCGCAG